UUUUUUUUAAAUCGGAUGUAUAAAACACUUUUUAAAAUAUAUAUUUUUGACAAGAGAAGAAAAAAGCCAAAUGCAUUAUUUAUUUAAAACCUAAUUUUAAAUAAGUAUAAAUAAUAAUAAUCCUUUAUUUGAAUUUUUCAUUUCCUCCCCGGCAAAUUACCUAUUUUUUUUAACAAUGAGGAAAUAUAGUUUUUUAUCUACUUAUAUUGUGGUAUUAAUUAUUUUAUACAUUGGAAUUAUAACUAACACGAACGCUUUAGUAGGUAACAUUUGUACAAGUGCCACGAUAAAAGAAUUAAAUAAUGUUACAACAACAGGGGUAAAAGUAAAAGUUAAAGUAAAAAAAUGGGCACCAUCAGGAUCUAAAAUACGUGUAAAAAUCGAUGUAGGUAAAAAAAAAUCGAUUAGAAAUCUUAUAAUUUGGGCCGAAACUGUUAAUGGUGAACAUAUCGGAUAUUGGGACCCAAUUUCUGCUCAUGUUUAUGUGAGUGGUUGUAAUGGACCUGGUAAUUCAACCAUUUCGAAUCAAGUUGACUUGAAUCUUUCCCAUAUAACUUAUAUAUGGAAUCCACCUAACGCAAAAGAUUAUAAAACAUUUGUUACGCCCACACCUUCAAUAACUACAAAUGCAGUUACAAUUACACCGACUUACAGCACAAAAGCCACAACAGCGCCUAAUCCAUCAACAUUUAAUAUGAAACGUCAUAAACAAGCUGCUAAAAGUGGGUCCAUUAAAUUUAAAGGUGUCUUACAACUUAUGAAUCAUACAGAUGAUGAUAUUUAUUAUUUUGAAUCAAAUUUUAUUAAAAAAUCUUCUUCAAAUAAUGAAAAGGUUAUUUCAGGAAAUAAUCAUAUAUUAAAUGUUACUCGCAUAAAUGAUAAUAUUCCUAAAGAUCCUCCUUUUUCUGCUGCUUAUUAUAAUAAUUAUAAUAAUAUCAUCAAUUUACUUGUAUUAAAUAGUGUAAUUGCUUUAAUUAUUGAAUAUUUUUUAUAUUUUUUGUAA